CUUCAAUGCCCUCCAGAGAGCCCCCCAAGCACACCCAGAUCCUCGUCGUGGGUGGUGGGCCUGCCGGCAGCUAUGCUGCGGCCGCCCUUGCUCGCGAAGGCUUCCAAGUCGUGCUCAUGGAGGCCUCUAAAUUCCCGAGGUAUCACGUUGGCGAGAGCCUCAUACCAUCCGUGCGGCACUACCUGAGGUUCAUUGGUGCGGAGGAAAAGGUGGCGCAAUACGGCUUUGCCCACAAGCCAGGAUCCGCUAUCAAAUUCAACCAGUUCAAUAGAGAAGGCUAUACCGAUUUUGUGGCUCUCGGUCAUGAUAACAGCGCCUGGAAUGUGGUUCGAUCGGAGUUUGAUCAGUUGCUGCUCCAGCAUGCGGCAUCCUGCGGUGUCCAGGUCUUCGAACGUACUCGCGUCACGUCUCUCAGCUUCGCCCCGCCGAGUCCAGCCUUCCAGGGCGAGGACACGUUGGGGCGGCCGGUUUCCGCGACGUAUGUCGUAGACGCGUCAGUGGACUCGGACAGUCCUUCAUCACCUAGUUCCUGGUCCCAGUACUCUAGCGGGGAAGACGACGCGUCAACUAUUACGUUCGACUAUCUCAUUGAUGCCACUGGGCGCGCAGGGCUCAUGUCCACGAGGUAUUUGAGGAACCGCCGGAUUAACGACAGUCUCAAGAAUAUUGCUACUUGGGGUUACUGGAGAGAUACCAAAAUGUACGCAAAGGGUACCGCACGAGAGAAUGCCCCCUGGUUUGAGGCUCUGACAGACGAGUCCGGUUGGGCUUGGUUCAUUCCAUUGCACAACGGUUUGACAUCCGUAGGCGUCGUGAUGAGCCAGAAAUGUCACGCCUCGCGGUCUCGUGCAAUGUCAGAAGCAACACCUCCCCCGACGCCGACGGUUCCUUCCCUUCCCAUAGACAGACAAGGCAGUCUGGUGAGUAGGUACCUAGACGCCUUGAAGUCUGCGCCGGGUGUCAUGGACUUGAUCGGCGACGGGGUCCUUACUCCGGUCAAGAGUACAAGUGACUGGAGUUAUUCGGCUAGCUGCUAUGCAGGAGCAGGUUGGAGAAUCAUUGGCGACGCGGGUGCAUUCAUCGAUCCAUUCUUCUCGAGUGGUAUCCACCUCGCCUUUACUGGGGGAUUAUCUGCCGCCACCACCGUCGCUGCCUCGAUCCGUGGCCAAUGUACCGAGGCAGGAGCAGCAGAAUGGCAUAACCGCCGCGUCACAACGUCAUACACCAGGUUUCUCGUCGUCGUACUGUCCGCGUAUAAGCAGUUUCGAGCGCAGUCCAUCGACGCGCUGGCGGACGUGGGAGAGGCCAAUUUUGACGAUGCAUUCGGAUACCUGCGGCCCGUUAUUCAAGGUGCGACGGAGAUGGGACCACAAGUAUCGGCAUCCGAGCUGCAACGGGCAUUUGACUUUUGCGUCAAUCUGUUCAGCCCGACGACCCCCGAAGAACACAAGAAAGUCGCUGCCCUACUGGCGGGGAAGACGUCUACUGUCCAGGGUGUCCUUGACGUCACCAAGCCGCUCGUGGACGGUAAAACCUUGAAGGAGAUUAUGGAAGAUUUGAAUAUCGAGUCAACAGCGCCCAGCCACGUUGACGGGCAUGAUCGUCGGAGCUCCUGUGACGAGGACGAUGGCCAGGACGACUCUGCGCGGACGAUCAAAAUGGUCUUUGACAAGGUGAAUGCCAGGCGAGUUAUCCACUCGGACCAUAGCGGGAUCGGCGGGUUUGAGGAAGAGGCGCUCGGUGGGCUUGUGGCUCGUCUCGUGCAAGGGAAUUUAGGGCUGGUACGGGCGUGAUCAGGAAGGGCGGCACCGCUCCCCGGGACCUUUCUCCCACGUUUGUUUUCUUCUCCCUCGAGCUGGCAUUGCGGGGAAGUGUUUUCAUUUGUCCUUUAUGUAGAAAUAUCUUCUUUGCUCUGGGGCUUGGGGUGUAAAUUUUGUAUCAGUACUCGUGUAUGUACAUGUAACACUAGACGGAUCAGAGUCUAUACUUGG